UUUCCCCACGAGCGCCAGCUGCCGUCAACUUGCAUAUCAAAGUUCGUGUUGUGAAGCUCCGAGUUUGGGACGCUUUUGAUUUAGCUCUGCUGAGGUCCGAGGUGAACAUAAUUACGCUCUGUCAACAUGGCCUCGUCUGACGACACAGAAGGGUCUCUGACUCCCGUGGAAUUAAUCCAGCUGGAGCAUUAUAUGGAAUACAGCAGUCUUCGGGUGAAAGAUGUGAUUAAGGAGUUUCAACCUGGUGGUCGGCUGGUCCAGCACAGCCUUGGAGAGUAUGUGGAUGCAGAGGGGUUCUGUCUUUUUCUCAAGACCUACCUAGAGGUGGAUGACUUCCCUGCAGAUUUCUGCCAACGUCUUUUUCACUAUUUUCAACAUGUGGAGCAUGUUGCGUCCAGCAAGAGCCCUCUGCCCAGAGGAGGUGGGGUCUUUCUUCGCGAUGUGUCCUGUUACUUCUCAGUGCUGGAGAAAGGACUGCCACGCGACAAGCUCAAAUUUUCCUUCAAACUUUAUGAUAAAGACUGCAACAAAUUCCUGGACAGCUCUGAGGUGAAUCGUAUAAUCACCCAGAUGAUGCGAGCUGCUGAUUACCUUGGCUGGGACGUCUCUGAACUAAGACCAUUGCUCAAAGACAUGAUGACAGCAAUCGAUGUGGAUGGCAGUGGGACUGUCACUCUAGAGGAAUGGGUGAAGGGAGGCAUGAACAAUGUGCCUUUAAUUGUUCUGCUCGGACUAAAGAUGACAGAGAGAGAUGGACAGCAUAUUUGGAGGAUGAAGCACUUUAACAAGCCGACAUACUGCAACGUGUGUCAGAGCAUGCUGCUCGGCCUUGGGAAGCAGGGACUCUGCUGCACCUGUUGCAAGUACACUGUUCACAGUCGUUGUGCCAACAAGAAUCCUGAACCCUGUGCGCGUACCUUUGGUAGACCUAGAAAGGAGAUUGAUUGUCACAGCCACAACUCACAACUUGUAAAGGAUCACAACAGUGAACUGGCCAAGUUUCGUCAGCUGCUUCCAGAGAUAGCAGUUCACGACUGGAUCAGAGCCGAUUGUAAGUCCACCAAAUGUCAGGUCUGCCACAAGAAAAUCAAGACCUUAGUGGGGAGGCGGUGUGUGUGGUGCCAGGAGAUGCGUCACAGUGAGUGUAUUUCCUCUGGCUUAUCGUCCUGUGAUUGUGGGCCACUAAAAGAUCAUAUACUGCCUCCAUGGGCCAUAUACGCUGUCUCAAAGGAGGAAGACACCAGCUUGUUAAACGUCACCUCUGAUGGCCACAUCCUGCAGAUUGUUUCAAUUCAAGACACCCACCCUCUGCUGGUGUUUGUGAACCCAAAAAGUGGAGGAAAGCAGGGUGAACGAGUGCUCAGGAAGUUUCAGUACCUGCUGAACCCACGUCAAGUGUACAACCUUUCCAAUGGAGGUCCUGCGGCAGGACUCCACUUCUUCCGCAAUCUGCGUGAGUUCAGGAUCUUGGCGUGUGGAGGAGACGGUACCGUUGGGUGGCUCCUGGAUGCUAUAGACAAAGAAGACCUGAAGGUGGGUCCUUCAAUUGCUAUCCUGCCUCUGGGCACUGGGAAUGACCUAGCUCGCUGUCUACGCUGGGGAGGAGGCUACGAUGGGUCAGACUUGAGAGAGAUCCUGAAGGAGAUCGAAGCUAGUGAGGGGGUUUUGAUGGACCGCUGGAGCAUCCAGGUGGUACCAAACGACCCCCAAGAGGCUGGGGACCCUGUGCCCAACGAGAUCAUUAACAACUACUUCUCUGUUGGAGUGGAUGCCUCCAUCGCUCAUCGUUUCCACACCAUGAGAGAGAAACACCCCCAGAAGUUCAACAGCAGAAUUAAAAACAAACUUUGGUAUUUUGAGUUUGCCACCUCUGAAACCCUAUCUGCAUCUUGCAAGAGGCUGAAGAAGUGUCUCACGGUUGAGUGCUGUGGAAGAACUCUGGACCUGAGCAGCAUGUCUCUUGAGAGCAUAGCUGUCCUCAACAUACCCAGCAUGCACGGAGGCUCCAACCUAUGGGGCGAGUCGAAGAAGUCUCAUAGCGGGUCAGUGGUGGGGCCCAGUGAAGUUAUCACUGACCAUGAACUUCUUAAAACUAUCUCUCAAGAUAUGAGUGAUAAGCGCUUGGAGGUGGUGGGGCUGGAAGGAGUCAUAGAGAUGGGACAGAUCUACAGUGGACUGAAGAACGCUGGGCACAGACUCGCUCAGACUUCUCAAAUUACCAUCAGGACAAUUAAAGCCCUGCCAAUGCAAAUCGAUGGGGAGCCAUGGAUGCAGCCUCCAUGUACUAUUCACAUAACUCACAAGAACCAAGUUAACAUGCUGAUGGCUGCACCAACAAAACCAACCGGCUUCUUUCACCUCUAGUAGAUCAACGCUUCCACUACACCCUCCAGUCUGCAGGAUGAAAGAGAGAUGUCCGUUUGAGUCCGUUUCUUUUAUUCAGUAUUAAUGUGUAUGUCCUUUGCACUUAAUCCAUGAUAUAAUUCAACAUAUUUUUAAAGUACAGACAUCUUGCAUGGCAGAGACUACAGUGACAGACCAAAUCUGAAGGGGACAUUUCACGACAGUCUGAAUGUUGUUAUUGUGUGCCAACAGAAAUGUAAUAUAUGCGUUUUGUAAAUUAAAUAUCAGAGCAUGUUGUGCAUGGAUAAGGAAUAUAUUUGCAUGUUAUGUUGUGAUUGUGUUAUGGUUAAUCACAUUGUUUGUUGUUUGUUUGUCAGCAGCUCAUGUGUUCAACGACACUAUCCUACCCAUCUGUUCUGUGUCUUUCCCUGUCAGUGUUCAUCCACCUGAAAGAAAAAUAUAUAUUGUCAUUAUUUCAGUUUAAAUCAAUGAUGUGAGAAACAUGUCACUGAAUGGAGUUUUAUAAAGAUUAUCUCUACAA